AGCGGGACGUCUGGCUUCCGAGCGGGUAUCCUAGUAGCACUAGCGACGAAAGAGCGAAUUAAAAAUGGGUGAUGUUGAGAAAGGCAAGAAGAUUUUUGUUCAGAAGUGUGCCCAGUGCCACACCGUGGAAAAGGGAGGCAAGCACAAGACUGGGCCCAAUCUCCAUGGUCUGUUUGGGCGGAAGACAGGUCAGGCACCUGGAUUCUCUUACACAGAUGCCAACAAGAACAAAGGCAUCACCUGGGGAGAGGACACACUCAUGGAGUAUUUGGAGAAUCCCAAGAAGUACAUCCCUGGAACAAAAAUGAUCUUCGCUGGCAUUAAGAAGAAGGCAGAAAGAGCAGAUUUGAUAGCUUAUCUCAAAAAAGCUUCUAAUGAGUAAUAGUUGGCCACUGCCUUAUUUAUUACAAAAUGGAAAUGUCUCAUGACUUUUUAUGUGUACCAUAAUUUAGUUGAUCUCAUACACCAGAAUUUAGAUCAUGAGUGACUGACAAAAUAUUUUUGUUGGACAGUCCUGAUUUAAGUAAGACUGGUUUGUGGUAAAUAUAAUAGGUUUUUUGAAUUUUGAUAGUAAUUCCAGUCCAGUAAAUACUAUCACUGUUUUCCCCUUCUAAAGACAUGAUUGGACUUGAUUAGUAGUGUUCAACUUUUCACAAAGAUGGUGAAUGCCAUCUCAGAACCUAUUGGAGAUUGGUUUUAUAUCUAGAUUUAUAACUGAUUAUAUGAAUAAAUUUAAAU